CUUUUAUCCAGCUUACCGCUUGCUUGCUUCCUUCCCGUCCCGUCUACGGUCGACCUAUCUUCCUCUGGAUUGGGGGUUGCUCUUGUCUGUCUACUCUGCGAGAGAGAGAGAGAGAGAGAGAGAGAGAUAGAUGCUACGAUCCGGGACGAAACCCGAGGAUCUCGACUUUGAGAUCCAUGUUGAUCAGUCUUGCUUGACGACACCCGCGCACGAAGCUGCCGAGCCCGAACUCAUGGACGACGAGGUCCCCGCUGCUGCUGCUGCCAAGGCCGAGGAGGUGAAGACGGUGGGGGAUAUACAUGAUGUCGAGGACGAGACUCCUGCGGUUGUGGUUGAGGAGUCAAAGACUGAGGUGGAUGAUGUGAAGGAACACGAUAAGGAGGAAGACUCGACGACGGCCGAGGCGGCUGCUGCCGAGGCUGAUGAUGAGGAUACUCCAGAGAAGGAAGCCGAGACAACAGUCGAGGAGGCUGAGGAGAUUAAGCCUGCGGAAGAAGCUGCUUCUGAAGAGCCCGAGGCCAAGGUUGAAGAGACAGAACCUGCCUCGGAAGACGCACAUACCACUGAAGAGGAUAAGCCGGAAGCAACAACGGCAGAAGAACCCGGCACAACACCAGCAGAUUCGUCUGCGAAUACCGAUACCAAAGAAAUACCUGAGGAGGAGCCUUCAAAGCUGGAGGUCGAAUCUGAAGAGGCUACCUCGGAGGAUACCCCCGGAUCAGCGGCUGUGGACGAGACUAAGCUAGAAGAGUCGGCGCCUGAACCAGAGCUUGAGGCCGAACCCGAAGCUGUUGUUGAGGCUGAGGAACCUGCGGAAGAAACAACGCCUCCGACGGAACCUGAGCUUCAGAUUGAGGAGGACAAAGAAGAUGCUUCUCUGCCGGAGCCCGAGCCAGAAGCUGAGCCAGAGGCUGAUGCAGAGUCCGAACCCGAAGUAGAAGUCGAAGUCGAGGCUGAGGCCGAGAAAGAACCUACACCCGCCACAGAACCUGAACCUGAAGUCGAAGAAGUCGAAAGGGGGAGGUCACUCGGCCCCACGGCCGAAAUCACAACGAGCCAACUGACAGAGCAAGUCGCAGACUCACUCAACAUGGCCCAGACAGACUCCGAUGAGACCCCAACGCCAGCUCCUGCCGUUGAAGACGCCGGUGAGGAUCAUGAUGAGCCUGCCGCCGUUCAGGAAGCCAGCCGCUCUUCAUCCUCUCUCCGCCGCGCUUCCGGCCGCACCGAAGCUCUCAUUCAAGCUGCCGCCAAGGAGGUUCUCGAGCGACUCGAGGCUCAGACCAUGGAGACCAUGAGAAACAGAUCACACUCUCGCCAUGAUUCCACGGGAUCUACGAACAACGGCACAGAGCUACACUACGAUGUUAGCACGCGCCGUGAAUCCUACAACACCGACUCCCGCGCCAGCCGCCGCCGCGAGUCUUACAAUACGGAAUCUCGGGCAAGUCGUCGGGAAUCCUACAACACUCAAUCACGAACCAGCCGUCGAGAAAGCGACGCACACCGUCGACCUACCCAUACCGAGGACGGCGGCGACAGCUCCUCCCAGCACGGCGACUCAGACGUCUUCAGCGACCGCAGCCCGCGCAGCUCACUCGGUUCCUUUGACGGCAACGUCGAUCAUCACAAGGACACAAGCAACCGCUCCUCCAAGAGAUUCUCCCGCAUGUCCGACGACGUCUCCGUGUCCGAGAUGUCCUACUACGACAAGGAAGACUUCGUCCCGACCAUCCGCGGCGCGCCCCGGAUGCCCUUCCGCUCCCCCUCCGACGUCCGGGCUCUGCAAUACUCAUCUCCCGCGCCCUCCGUGACCGGCUCCUACUCGCCGCGAUCGAGCAAACGCUCCCAGGUGCCGACCAUCUCCCGCCUCGGCAGCCCCAACGUGUCCGCCCAAUACUCCCCCAAGGGGCGCAAGACACCCACCCGCUUCAACCCUAAAAAGGAGCCCGCUCCGCUCGUUCUCCUGCACGUCACGCUCCUCCCGCUCCGCUGGCAGUGGGCCGAGAUCCUGGAACAGACGUCCUCCGAGACCCUCUCCCCGGAAGCAAAGACGCUCCGCGAAGCCUGGCACCACCUCCAUGACCGCGUGGCAGAUACCGUCUGCGAGCGCGGUAUCCUCCUCUCCCACCCUCAAGACGACUACGAGAUCCUCGAAGAGCGCUUGCUGGAAGCCCUCGACCUCCCUCUUCGCCGGAGGGCCCGCGUUCUCGAGUGCGGGCAUUACAUUGGCCCGUCCAACGAGAUGACGCUCGGCGAGGACAUGGACAGCGACGAGGACGAGUACGAGGAAGAAUCCAGGCGCAAGAGCGCGCUUGUAAAGACUCACUGGUGUCAGACGUGCCGUCACGAGAUCCGCUACGAGUCCCUCGGUCCCGGCAAGAUCUUCCGCAUCAAGGUGUACGCUAGCAACGGCCUUAUGAGGACCGGCGCCUGGGCUGCGUGCUGGAAGGAGAUGGAGCGUGUCGAUGUUGAGAUUGAACCCAUUGUCGAGUCGGCUGUGCUGGAUGAGCUGGAGCGUCUCGUUAUCGCGCAGUCGCAGCAGUUGUCGCUGGUGAAGCACGAUCCUACCAUCCUCGAGUCAACUGAGGGGCGAGAUAUGCCCGAGGAGCGCGGUAUGUCGGACUUUGACCGCGAUUUGCCUGAUCUGGAGGAACCUCUGCACGAAGAGUCGCAUAUCGAGGAGACCAACCUCCUAGAGCCGAAUUACAUCGAAAGCGAGGCCCACGUCCCAAUCUCAUCACCUCCCCCCGCGGAAGAAGAAAUCCGGCCCCCAUCCCCAGAGCCGAUGCCCCGCUACGACCCAAGCGAGGAACGCCGUCUCCGCGACGAGGCGCGCAUGCGAGAGAUCUACGGACACCCUCCGGCGCCUGAACCAGAGCACCACGAGCCGGCCUCCGAAUCUCGACCCGCGUCAUCACACCACGACGCGUACUCGGCUCGGUUCCCUCCUCCCCCACAACAGCAACAGCAACCCGAAGCGGAACCUCAACAACCUCAGUACCAUCAAGAGCAACAACACCACCAACAUCACCAGUCUCCGCCCCCGCCAGAGGAAGCCUACGCCCAGCACCACCAGCGCCAACAACCCUUCCAGAACGCGGGGCUCGGGGAGUUACUUCUUGAGGCUGCGCGGGUGUUUAUGCAGGAUAAGAAGAAGCUCGCUAUUGUGGUUAUGAGUUUGCUUGUGCUGUUCAUGGCGAUUAGGCCUGCGCCCAGGGAGGUGAAGGAUUGGGAUGGGCAGUUUGUCGAUCAUGCUGCGCCUGUGGUAGCUGAGGUUCCUGCUUCGCAGGCGCCGUUGAUGGAGAGUAUCGAGGCUGUUGUGGAGUCUGUGACGGCGUCUGAGGUCCUGGUGGAGGUUGUUGUUCAGCCUACGCCGGAGCUUGAUGCGCCUGAGGUUGAUGCACCUGAGCCAACAGGGGAGGUUUUCCUGUCUGAGUCCGAGUCUGAGUCUGAGUCUGAUGCGAGCGUUGAGGAUGUUGAGAGUACGUCUACUUCAGCCACUGAGCAGACUUCUGCUGUGGAGCAAGAGACUUCUGUGACUGCCUCGCCUUCUUCUUCUUCCGAAGAAGUCAGGGCUCCUUCGCCUACUCCGGUUCAUGAGACGAUUACUACCAGAGAGUUGGUGCGUAUCAUUGAGACUGUGACGGAGACGGUCAAGGCUGUUGUUACUGAGACGGAGGUCGUUAGGGUUCAGCCUACUGCGAGCGUCGCAGCUGAGGAGGGCUCCGUUGAAGACGAUGUUGCUGAAACCCUCGCUGCGGAGGACGCAUCCGAGACCGAAGAACCAUCGGCCUUUGAGACUGUGUCACCAGUCGAAGAGUCUGUAGACGAAGCUGAGUCCGACAUGAAGGAGCCAGCCACUGAGACAGCAUUGCCCGUCGUAGAGGACGUGGAGCACGACAUCGUUGAUGAACAAGCACAUGUCGAUGUGAAUGAAGAGACUGAGCUGGAGCACAUGGAGGUUAUGGAUGAGAAUGAACGGGACGAGCUGUGAAAGAGAUGAACGGGCUAGGAUGUUUAAGAAGAGUCAAAGAGGAAAUGUGAAACGAAGCGGCUAGGAAGGAAGGAGAAGAAGGAAUGAAGUAAAGUGUUACGAUAUCACACCCACGUACUGUUUACGCAACGCACAUGCAUUGAAUGAUUC